AUGUUGCUGCCACUCAUCUCCCGUAGCUUCGCAGUGCUGAGCGGCUUGUCGGAGGCCGCCUGUGGUGUGUCUCCCUCGAAGAUGUUGUUCCCACUGAGCUCUGCAAACUUCUGGUUGUGGAUUUUCUUCGAGGUCUUCAUCACGGGUUCGUCGGUGAGCACGAUGUUGCUCUGCCCUCCGGCUGGCUAGAAGAGGGUAAAAGAGCAAACAAUGGGAGCAUGUCGUAGAUUUACAAGAGUAUGCAACAACAACAUGCAUCAGUCAGUCAAUUCACUAAGAGGUUUGAUUCUAUGAAUGAAAGCCUGAAACAGGCAACUUCAGUCCAGAGAUGAUGUUCAAGCACAGAAUCAAUGAUGCCAAUAAUAGCAAGGCAUGUUCUAUGUAAUAUGAUUUAAAAACUUUAGGAUGAACACCAAUCUAUUUAUGAUCUGCAUAGUGAUUUUCUAGUACUAUGGUCCUGAUAUUAGGAGAUAAAAUUAACUCACAUUGGAUACUUUGACAGAUGUGUGUAUGCUUCGUGGAGCGGGCGCACCGACAUCUUUGCUCUCCUUCUCCAAGAUCCGGGCAGCUAGUGGUCUCAAUACGAUCUCAGGUGGCGGGCCAAAGAUGUCGUUUCCACUGAGCUCCUUGGACUUGGCAUCUGAAAUUUGUUUCUUCAGUUUAGCAUCAGACUCACGCUCCAAUGUCCCACUUAGCUCCCGCUGCUUUGCCACCUCGGUCAGGGUAGCCGGCUUCUUUGGGGAAACACUCUCUUCGGCACUGAAUGAUAUCUGACUGAUGGCGCUGGCUGCUUGCUGCGAAAAGCACGAGCAUAGCGUCACCAGAUAAACACCGCUCAAAACUAAUAUACUAGGCAUUAUCCUUCACUUCCACAUAUGGUAAGAAGAAGAUCUUGCUGACAUGAACAGCUCAAUCUUAUGAGUCAAUGGGCAAAUACUAGAUACCUGGUAAACCUGCUGCCCAGUUGAUUCGUCACCAUUGUCUCCGGCAAAUAUGCCACUGCCAGUCAUUUCUUUCCACUUAGAGCCCGAACACUGCUUCCUGUAG